UCUGCCUUGAUGGCAUUGUGGUCAGAGAAAAUACUUUGUAUUAUUUCAGUGUUUUGGAUUUUGUUGAGCGUUGCUCUGUGGCCUAAGAUGUGGUCUGUUCUAGGAAACGUUCUAUGUGCGUUAGAAAAGAAUGUGUACUUUGCAGCUGUUGGGUGGAGUGUUCUAUAUGUGGAUAUACAAUUCUUUUUUUUUUUUUUUAAUUGUGCUUUUAAGGGAAAGUCUACAAUUCAAGUCAGUUUCUCACACAAAAACUUGUACACACGUUGUUACAUGACCCUAGUUGCUCUCCCUACAAUGUGACAGCACACUCCUUCUUUCCACCCUGUGUUUUCUGUGUCCAUUCAACCAGCUCCUGUCCCUCUCUGACUUCCCAUCUCACCUCCAGACAGGAGCUGCCUACAUAGUCUCAUGUGUCUGCUUGAGCUAAGAAUCACACUUCUCACCAGUAUCAUUUUAUGUCUUAUAGUCCAGUCUAAUCUUUGUCUGAAGAGUUGGCUUUGGGCUAAUAGAGAGUCCGGGGGCCAUGACCUCUGGGGUUCCUCCAGUCUCAGUCAGACUAUUAAGUCUGGUAUUUUUACUAGAAUUUGAGGUCUGCAUUCUACUUUUCUCCUGCUUCUUCAGGGAUUCUCUGUUGUGUUCCCUGUCAGGGCAGUCAUUGACAAUAGCCGGGUACCAUCUAGUUCUUCCAGUCUCAGACUGGUUUAUGUGGCCCUGUCUUUCUCUUGGGCUUAUAUUUUCCUUGUGUCUUUGGUGUUCUUCAUUUUCCUUUGCUCCAGGUGGGUUGAGACCAAUUGAUGCAUCUUAGAUGGCCGCUUGCUAGCAUUUAAGACCCCAGACGCCACUCACCAAAGUGGGAUAUGGAUCAUUUUCUUAAUAUACUUUGUUAUGCCAAUUGACCUAGAUGUCCCCUGAAACCAUGGUCCCCAGACCCUGCCCCUGCUACUGUGUCCUUCAAAGUGUUUGGUUGUAUUCAGGAAACUUCUUAGCUUUUGGCUGACUUCCCUUGUAUUGUGUGUUGUCCUUCCUUUCGCCUAAAAUAAUUCUUGUCUACUCUCUGAUUAGUAAAUACCCCAUCCCUCCCUCCCUACCCUCAUAACCAUCAAGUAAUGUUUUCGUCGGUGUUUAAACCUUUUCUUGAGUUCUUAUAAUAGUGGUCUCAUACAAUAUUUGUCUUUUUGUGACUAAUUUCACUCAGCAUAAUGCCUUCCAGAUUCCUCCAUGUUAUGAAAUGUUUCACAGAUAUAUCAUUGUUCUUUAUCAUUCCAUUGUGUGAAUAUACCAUAAUUUGUUUAUCCAUUCAUCCAUUGAUGGGCACCUUGUUUUUUUCCAUCUUUUUGCUGUUGUAAACAGUGCUGCUGCAGUGAACAUGGGUAUGCAUGUAUCUAUUCGUGUGAAAGCUCUUAUUUCUCUAGGAUAUAUUCCAAGGAGUGGGAUUGCUGGGUUGUAUGGUAGUUCUAUUUCUAGCUUUUUAAGGAAGCAUCAAAUCAAUUUCCAAAGGGGUUGUACCAUUUUACAUUCCCACCAGCAGUGUAUAAGUGUUCCAGUCUUUCCACAACCUCUCCAGCAUUUAUUAUUUUGCGUUUUUUGGAUUAGUCCCAGCCUUAUUGGGAUGAGAUGGUAAUCUCAUUGUAGUUUUGAUUUGCAUUUCUCUAAUGGCUAAUGGUCAUGAGCAUUUCUUCAUGUAUCUGUUAGCCGCCUGAGUGUCUUCUUUGGUGAAGUGCCUGUUUAUAUCCUUUGGCCAUUUUUUAAUUGGGUUAUUUGUCUUUUUGUUGUUGAAGUUUUGCGGUAUGUUGUAGAUUUUAGAGAUUAGAUGCUGAUCAGAUUUGUUGUAGCCAGAAAUUUUCCCCAGUCUGUAGGUUGUCUUUUUACCCUUUUGAUGAAAUCUUUGGAUGAGCAUAACUGUUUGAUUUUUAGGAGCUCCCAGUUAUCUAGUUUCUCUUCUGGUGUUUGUGCAUUGCUAGUAAUGUUUUGUAUACUGUUUAUGCCAUGUAUAAGGGCUCCUAGCAUUGUCCCUAUUUUUUCUUCUAUGAUCCUUAUCAUUUUAGAUUUUAUAUUUAGGCCUUUGAUCCAUUUUGAGUUAGUUUUUGUGUAUGGUGUGAGGUAUCGAUUUUGUUUCAUUUUUUUGCAGAUGGAUAUUCAGUUAUGCCAGCACUGUUUGUUAGAGACUGUCUUUUCCCCAUUUAAUGGACUUUGAGCAUUUGUCAAAUAUCGUCUGCUCAUAGGUGGAUGAAUUUAUAUCUGGAUUCUCAGUUCUGUUCCAUUGGUCUAUGUAUCUGUUAUACCAGUACCAGGCUGUGUUGACUACUGUGGCAGUAUAAUAGGUUCUAAAAUCAGGCAGUGUGAGGCCUCCUGCUUUGUUGUUCUUUUUCACUAAUGCUUUACUUAUCUGGGGCCUCUUCCCUUUCCAUAUGAAGUUGGUAGUUUUUUUCUCCAUUUCAUUAAAAAACGCCAUUGGAAUUUGGAUCCAGAUUGCAUUGUAUCUAUAGAUUGCUUUGGGUAGAAUGGACAUUUUCACAAUGUUGAGUCUUCCUAUCCAUGAGCAAGGUAUGUUUUUCUACUUUGGACGUACAAUUCUUGAUUGACAGUAUUUUUUACUUUUAGCACAUUUCAUAGGUACCCCAUAUCAGAAUGAGCAAGUUCCCUUCUAUUCCUAAUUUGCUGAGUUUUUGUUUUUGUUAUCAUGCAUUAAUGCUGAAUUUUAUCAAAUGUAUCUGUUGAGAUGAUCAUUUGGUUUAUCUUUAUUCUGUUAAUGUAGUGAAUUAUAUUGAUUUAUUUUGAAAUGUUAAAUCAACCUGGCAUUCCUGGAAUAAUUUCUAUUUGAUCGUGAUGUAUAUAACUUUUUGUAUACUCUUAGAUUUGAUUUGCUAGUAAUUUGUUGUGAAUAUUUUGUAUCUAUGAUCAUGAGGAUUUUUUUUUUUUUUUUUUUGGUCAUGUCUGUCAUGUUUUGGUGUCAGCAUUAUGCUGGCCUCAAAAAAUGAGUUGAUAAGAGUUCUCUCCUGUUUCUGAAGGCAUUUGUUUAAGAUUAAUGUCAUUUUUCCUUGAAUGUUUGGUAGAAAAGCCAUCUCACCCGGGAAUUUUCUUUGUCGGACCGUUUUUUGUUCAUGUUUAAUACACAUUCAAUUUCCUUAACAGAUAUAGGCCUGUUUAGAUUUUCUGUUUCAUCUUGCAUCAAUUUGGGUAAGUUUUAUUUUUCAAAGCGUUUGUCCAAGUCAUCUGACUUCUCCUAUUUCUUGACAUAAAGCUGUUCAUAACAUUAUUAUCUUUUUAUCUAUUUCAUGCCUGUAGGAGAUGAACCUCUGUCUUGUUGCUGAUUAGGGUGAUUUGAGCUGUCUUUAUUUCUUGGUCAGUCUGGUUAUUGUUUAUCAAUUUUGUUGUUCUCAAAAAUCAACUUUUGGCUUUGUUAAAAUUAUUGUUUUCUAGUUCACUGAUUUCUGCUCUUUAUUAGUCCUUCCAUGUAUAUUGGGCUACUCUUUUAGCUUCAUAAGGUAGAACCUUAGGUCUUAAUUUUAUACCUCUCUUCUUUUCUGAUGGAGCCCUGGUGGUGCAGUGGUUAAGAGCUAUGGCUGCUAACUAAAUGGUUGGCAGUUCAAAUCCACCUGCCGCUCCUUGGAAGCCCUAUGGGGCAGUUUUACUCUGUCUCAUAGGGUCACUAUGAGUCAGAAUCGACUCAGCAGCAAUGGGUUUUUUUUUUUUUUUUCUUUUAGUCUUUUCUGAUAUAAGUAUUUUUAAACCAAUACAUGCUUUAGCCACAUUCCACAAAUUUAAAUAUGUUGUAUUUUCAUUAUUGUUUUUGUGUGCUGUCAAGUCGAUUCUGACUUAUAGCAGACCUAUUGGACAGAGUAGAGCUGCCCAGUAGUGUUUCCAAGGAGCUGCUGGUGGAUUCGAACUGCCGACCUUUUGGUUGGCAGCCAAGCUCUUAACCACUGCACCACCAGGGCUCCAUUUUCAUUAUUAUUCAAUUUAAAAUACUUUCAAAUUUUCCUUGUAAUUUCUUCUUUGAUCUUCAUUUUAUAUAGAAGUGUGUUGUUUAUUAUUAAACAGUUGAGGCUUUCCUCCAUAACUGUUGGAUUUCUAAUUUAAUUCUAUUAAGGUUAGAGAACAUAUUGUGUAUGAUUUCAACCCAUUUAAGUUUAUGGAAACUUGUUUUAAGACCCAACAUGUGGCACGUCUUGGUGAAAGUACCAUAUACACUUGAAAAGAAUACACAUUCUACAUUGUUAGGUAUUCUGUCAGUAUCAGUUAGGUCAUGGUGGUUGGUAGUGUUGCUUAAAUCGUAAAUACUUGGAUGCAUUUUUUAAAACUAUUCUGUCAAUUUCUGGGAUUUGUUGUUUUUAGGUGCCAUCAAGUCAGUUCCAACUCAUGGCAACACUGUGUACAACAGAGCAAAACACUGCCCAGUCCUGUGCCAUCAUCACAAUCAUUGUUAUGUUUAAGCCCAUUGUUGCAUCCACUGUGUCAAUCCAUCUCACUGAGGGUCUUCCUCUUUUUCACUGACCCUCUACUUUACCAAGCAUGGGUCUUUCUCCAGGGACUGAUUCCUCCUGACAACAUGUCCCAAGUGUGUGAGACGUAGUCUCGCCAUCCUUGCUUCUAGGAAGCAUUCUGGUUGUACUACUUCUAAGACAGAUUUGUUCGUUCUUUUGGCAGUCCAUGGUAUAUUCAAUUUUCUUCUCCAGCACCACAAUUCAAAGGUGUCAGGUCUUCUUCGGUCUUCUUUAUUCACUGUCCAGCUUUCACAUGAAUAGGAGGUGACUGAAAACACCAUGGCUUGGGUCAGGUGCACCUUAGUCUUCAAAGUGACAUCUUUGCUCUUCAACACUUUGAAGAGGUCCUUUGCAGCACUUUGCCUAAUGCAGUGCACCUUCUCAUUUCCUGACUGCUGCUCCCAUGGGUGCUGAUUGUGACUCUGAGUAGAAUGAAAUCCUUGACAACUUCAGUCUUUUCCCUGUUUAUCAUGAUGUUGCUCAUUGGUCCAGUUGUGAGGAUUUUUGUUUUCUUUAUGUUGAGGUGUCAUCCAUACUGAAGGCUGUGGUCUUUGAUCUUCAUCAGUAAGUGCUUCAAGUCCUCUUCACUUUCAGCAAGCGAGGUUGUGUCAUCUGCGUAACGCAGGUUGUUAAUGAGUCUUCCUCCAGUCCUGAUGCCCCGGUCUUCUUCACAUAGUCCAGUUUCUUGGAUUAUUUGCUCAGCAUAGAGAUCAAAUAAGUAUGGUGAAGGGAUACAACCCUGAUGCCCACCUUUCCUGACUUGAAACCAGGCAGUAUCCCCUUUUUCUGUUUGAAAGACUGCUUCUUGAUCUAUGUACAGGUUCCUCAUGAGCACAAUUAAGUGUUCUGGGAUUCCCAUUCUUUGAAAUGUUGUCCAUAAUUUGUUAUGAUCCACAGAGUCGAAUGCCUUUGUGCGGUCAAUAAAACACAGGUAAACAUCUUUUCUGGUAUUCUUUGCGUUCAGCCAGGAUCCAUCUGACAUCAGCAGUGAUAUCCCUGGUUCCACAUUCUCUUCUGAAUCCAGCUUGAUUUUCUGGCAGUUCCCUGUCGAUACACUGCUGCAGCCACUUUUGAAUGAUCUUGAGCAGAAUUUUACUUGCAUGUGAUAUUAAUGAUACUGUUCGAUAAUUCCCACAUUUGGUGUGAUCACCUUUCUUGGGAAUAGGCAUAAAUACAGAUCUCUUCCAGUCUGUGGGCCAGGUAGCUGUCUUCCAAGUUUCUUGGCAAAGACAAGUGAGCGCUUCCAGUGCUGCAUCUGUUUGUCGAAACAUGUCAACUGGUAUUCCCUCAAUUCCUGGAGCCUUGUUUUUCACCAAUGCCUUCAGUGCAGCUUGGACUUCUUCCUUCAGUACCAUUGGUUCCUGCUCAUAUGGUGCCUCUUAAAACGGUUGAACGUCAACCAGUUCUUUUUGGUACAGUGACUGUGUAUUCUUUUCAUCUUCUUUUGAAAGAUUAAUAUCUUCCCUGUAGAAUCCUUCAAUAUUGCAACUCGAGGUUUGAAUUUUUUCUUCAGUUCUUUCAGCUUGAGAAAUACAGAGUGUGUUCUUUCCUUUUGGUUUUCCAUCUCUAGGUCUUUGCAUAUGUCAUUAUAAUACUUCAUCUUUCUUCUUGAGCUGUCCUUUGAAAUAUUCUGUUCAACUCUUUUACUUCAUCGUUUCUUCCUUUCACUUUAGCUACUCAACAUCCAAAAGCAAGUUUCAGAGUCUCUUCUGACAUCCAUUUUGGUCUUUUAUUUAUUUAUUUAUGAGAUAGGGGUGUUAAAAUUUUCUCUGCUUGUGGAGUUGCCUCUUUCUCCUUUGAUCUCUUUUUGCCUCAUGUGUUUGGAAGCUCUGUCUUUAAAGUGUCUCUCGUAGACAGCAGUUUUACCCAUUCCGAUUAUCUCUGCCUUGUAAUUGGAGCCUUUAGUCUGCUGACAUUGAAUUAUUGCUAUGAUUAGGUUUAGGUCUUGUAAUUUAUCACUUCCUUUCUGCUUGUUCCCUCAGGGUUUCUUCUCCUUUUCUCUUUCCUCCCUUUGCAUCAUUGAAUAUUUUUAAGAGUUUCAUUUUAAUUUUUCUCUUAGCUUUUUAGCUAUACCUCUUUGCAUUUUUUUAUGUAAUGGUUACUCUAGGGAUUACAACAUACAUCUCUAAGUUUUCACAGACUACUUGGGGUAGCAAUAUUGUAGCACUUCAGGAGAAUGCAGAGACUUUGCCCCAGACAGACCCUUUGUGCUGUAGUGCCAGGUAUACCAUGUCUAGUACCUUAUAAACCCCACAAGACAGCACCUGAAAAUCCGUCAGCUUCACAUGCAGAAUUCUGGUCUACUCUUUUUGAUGCCUCCCUUUUUGUCUUAUAGAUUAGCUUAAUAUGGCCGACCAGAGGCAGCGCUCUCUCUCCACCUCUGGGGAGUCGCUGUACCAUGUGCUGGGGCUAGACAAGAACGCGACCUCGGAUGACAUUAAGAAGUCCUAUCGGAAACUUGCCUUGAAGUAUCACCCUGACAAGAACCCUGAUAACCCAGAGGCUGCGGACAAAUUCAAGGAGAUCAACAAUGCCCAUGCGAUCCUCACAGAUGCCACAAAAAGGAACAUCUAUGACAAGUAUGGCUCCCUGGGCCUCUAUGUAGCUGAGCAGUUUGGCGAGGAGAAUGUGAACACCUACUUCGUGCUCUCCAGUUGGUGGGCCAAGGCCCUCUUCGUCUUCUGCGGGCUCCUCACCUGCUGUUACUGCUGCUGCUGCCUGUGCUGCUGCUUCAACUGCUGCUGUGGCAAGUGCAAGCCGCGGCCGCCCGAGGGCGAGGAAGCCGAGGUCUACGUGUCGCCCGAGGACCUGGAGGCGCAGCUGCAGUCGGACGAGCGGGAGGCCACAGACACGCCCAUCGUGAUCCAGCCUGCGUCCGCCACGGAGACCACCCAGCUCACGGCCGACUCCCACCCCAGCUACCAUACUGACGGGUUUAACUAAGUCUGCGACUGCUGCGAGUAGACGGAGCAGCGCACACGGCCACCCCCACCUAGACCACAGACUGUAGGGCAGAGCGGGCGCACCCUGGUGGGGGAGGGCAGUGCCCCCCCGGGUGCCUGGCACCUCCCGCCCACCCGCCCGGCGCCCCACCCACCGUACCCUGACUCGUGACGUGCGUAGCAUGCAGUAUUUAAAGCAGUUUCGCUACGGUCUUCCUCUUCCUCUUUCUUUCCUCUUUAAUAGCAUGUAUGGGGUGAUGUUCGUUAUCUGUCCGUGUCGUGGGGGGUCCCGUGUCAGCCCCGCAGUGGUACCUCCUGUGUUCUGAGCACUGGAACCAGCCCGGCGGCUCGGCCUGGCUCCGGGGAGACCCCCUCCUCCCUGGGGCCAUGUGCCCUCGCCCGGCUCCACCCUAGCCCCUGAGCACUGGACAGUGAGGCCCCCAUGCCCCGUGUCUGUGUCGGGCAGUUUGCACAGGACCUGCUCACCUUUGUUUACCGCACCUGUGGUCAGGCUCCCGUGGGUGAAGUUGUGUGGAAAGCCUAGGAGAGUCCCUCUUGAUGUUGAAACCCAAUUCUUCGCCCUGUGUUUGUGGCUGUAGCUUCUGUGUCUCAGCGACUCUGAGGUUCCUGUCCCUCUGGAUGUCCCCUCGCCUGUGCUGUGUUUUCCACCCCUCCUCCCCACCCCCAGCGGGGCAGGUGGGUGCCCAUCAGGUGGGGUGGCGGCCACAUUCCACAAUCCUCCCUGCACAGUCCACUCCACAUUCCUUCAAGCCCCUGUACUUUUGUAAUUUUCUGGACCUUCAAGAACCACAGUGGUAGCACCAGCCCCAGCUCACCAGGAUUGGGUGGGCUGAGCUUUCAGGGUUUCGGGUUUCAUAGGCCUUGGGAAUGAAGGCAGGGUGCCCCAGGCCUGCCCACCCACCCCGCUUCGCCACCGCACCCAUCUCCAGCAGGAGCCCUCCCCUCCUCCGUGUGUCCCCAGUGUGGCCAGUGACCCUGACCACCAGGCACUGAGGGAACACGGGUUGUGGGUUCUGAGAUGUGCUUGUGGCACCCUCAGAGGACGCCUUCUUGCACUCCAGCUCGCAUGUGCUGGAGUACCUGCCCCUGAAGCCCGCUGCCUGCCCGCCCCCCUCCACCUUCACCUGCCCGCCCAGGGCCUGGAGAGGGUUAGCUUGACCCAACCAGGAAAUGGCCAAAAAGACAGUGAUGUGAAGACAGCCAGGGUCUUGGCACCGAGGCACCCGGGGGUGUCUGGCAGAGCUGCCUCGGCGGUGGUGACACUGCAGAUGGCACAGGGCUGUGCAUACUGGGCCUGGGUGCACUUGUCUGUCCCACUGUGCUUUAGUUUUUGCUCAUUAAAAUGAUCAUGAAGACAUUCAGUGAGAAGGAAGAUACACACUACAAUAUUAAAUUGGGACAGUUUUGUCAAAUUCAGACCUCCCGAGGAGGAAAAGUCCAUCCUGAUGGCAGCAUGCUUGGCCCACCUGGAGACAGGAAAGAAGGGAGACGGUAGAGUGACCCUGUGUGCCAAUUCCAAACACAACCACCACAAAGAAUUUGGCUUGAGAUGUGUGCUGUGAUAAGCCCAUGUAACAUCUCUGGAAAUAACUUAGUUGAGUGAGUUUCUUUUCCCCAGAAUGGCCAGGAACCAAGUUCAGACUUAGACUUGAGUUCCCUGUGAGGUAGAAAGCCACACUGCAGCAAAGACGGUAGGACUGCUGCCCGGGGGUCUGUGCCCAGGGGGUCCUGGCCCUGUGGGGUCUGGAUCUCCACAUCCCCCCACCCCCUGCCCCCACCCUCCGCCACAUCUGCUCCGCCCAGUCCUAUCCACUGGCAGCUCUGGUGGGAACUUAGCCCUUUUCUCGUGUGUCAAAGUGAGUCCCAGUCAGAGUUCCAUCCACGCUCCUUAGCAUCCCUGCCUUUUAUGGGAGCAGGCGUGGAGUGUGUCGGCCCAGGUCCUUCUCUGUAGAAUUUGUAAAAACUAAAUAAAUGAUGAUGACGACUACGA